AUCCAGAUUCCAGCUCUUUGUAGGCUACCGAGAGACGAGACCUACAUUCCUACGAUGUGCACAUGCGCAAUAGGCUAUAUGCUUCUAUGAGCGCUGAGGCAGAUCUGUGAAGACGAGAAUUCAGCGACGUGCGAAGCGUACCCUGCAAGCGGAAAGAACCUAGCCCAAGAUGCGUCAACUCAAGCAUCAUGAGGCAAAGCUCCUCAAGAAGCACGACUUCUUACAAUGGAAGCAAGAUCAGAACCAGCGCGAGAUUAAGGUGAUGCGACGAUAUCACGUCCAGAACAGAGAUGACUACCAAAAAUACAACAAGAUGGUUGGGUCAAUACGCCAUCUCUCCUUACGCCUGUCGACACUUCCGGCCAGCGAUCCAUUCCGAACAAAGCACGAAUCACAACUACUCGCCAAGUUAUACGACAUGGGUCUCUUAGACACCGGCGCCAAGAUGAGCGACAUCAUGGAGAGGCUCAACGUCAGUGCGUUUUGUCGACGACGCCUACCCGUCGUUAUGGUGCGCCUCAAGAUGAGCGAAACCGUCGGACAAGCGGUCCGGUAUGUGGAGCAAGGGAAUGUGCGCGUUGGCCCUGAUACAAUCACAGACCCCGCAUUCAUGAUCACUCGCAACAUGGAAGACUUCGUCACCUGGCUCGAUACCAGCCACAUCAAGCGCACCAUUGCCCGCUACAACGAUGAGCUCGAUGACUUUGACCUCUUGUAAAAUUAGAUGGCAGCAUCUUCUACUGUAUUUGUACGACAUGUGAUUCUAUGCUACAAGUC